AUGGUCUUGUCUGUAGUGGCAGGUGCUCAAACACAGGAAACUACAGAAUUUGAUCUAAUGGUGGAUGACAUCAAAAUGCCAAACACAGCAAGAAGUUCUAUUGUUCCAGAAACUUCACUUUGGAGUUCUCCUGUUCCAUAUGUUUUGGAGAAUAAUCUGGAUCUGAAUGCAAAAGGCAUCAUCCUGAAAGCAUUUGAUCAGUUUAGACUGAAGUCGUGCAUUGACUUUAAACCGAGGGAGCAUGAGGACUACUACAUUUCUGUGAAAAAACUUGAAGGUUGUUGGUCUUACAUCGGUCGGAGCAAAAUAAAUGGACAUGAACUCUCUAUUGGACAAGACUGUGACCAAAUUGCCAUCGUUGAACAUGAGUUUUUUCAUGCUCUGGGUUUUUACCAUGAACAUUCCAGAUAUGACCGUGAUAAUUUUAUCUCUAUUCAUUUGGAAAAUGUUAUUGAAGGUUUUCAGUAUAAUUUUAGAAAAGUUCUAGCAGAUGUUAGCACCACACGUGGAACUUCAUAUGAUUAUUGGUCUGUGAUGCACUAUAGUAAUGAUGCAUUUUCUAAUGGAAAUGGGUUAACAAUUACUACCAUCGACCCAGCAUACCAAGACAUUAUAGGUCAAAGAUACGAAGUGAGUGCCACUGACAUUAAAGAGCUGAAUCUCCUCUACAAAUGCAACUCCACCAUCGCAUUUCUAAUGCAUUGUAGCUUUUCUGAUGGAACCAUGUGUGAAAUGAUCAAACGCUCAACAGCAUCAAAUGGCUGGGAAAUUGUGUCACAAGCAGCUGGACAACCUUCCUUUGACCACACAAGUCUAAACUCCACUAUGCACAGUGUAGGGCCAAGUUACUUUAUGCAUGUGAGCACAGCAACUGGACAGGAGGGAGACUCAGCCUGGCUGGAAACCAAGGCAGUAACACCUAAAGGGGAGUGUCAUGUCCAGUGUCUGCAGUUUUAUUACUUUCACAGCGGAAGUGUGUCAGACCAGCUCAACAUCUGGUUCAGAGAGUUUCAAGAUGAGCAUGAUGUCACAGGACAGCGCCAUCUGGCUGCACAGAUAACAGGUCAGUUAACAUCCCACUGGCAGCUGCAUCAUGUUUCUUUAAAUGCAACAAAGUCCUUCCAAGUGGAGUUUGAAGUGAGAAAAGGAGCUGGGAGUUCUACAGGUGGCAUCUCAAUUGAUGACAUCAAUUUGUCAGAACUGGAGUGCCCACAUGUUACGCUGCAGAUAAAUGAUUUUGACCAAAUUUCAGGAAAAACUCGUGUGUACUACACCCCAUCUCAGCAUUCCAAAGAAGGCUAUGUGUACAGAUUUGGAGCAUUAGUCUUCGACACUGGUUCAGAGGCAGUGUUUGUGCAAAUGUUAUCUGGAAACUUUGAUAAUCAGCUGGAGUGGCCUGUUCCACGCAGGCAGGUCAUUUUACAAUUUGUAGAUCAACAUCCCAACAUCCAGUUACAGAUGUCCAAGCAAGUUAUUUUCACCAGUGGGAGCUCAAGUUGGGAUAAUCCUAGAAAAACUGGGAAGUACUAUGUGGAUGGAAACAAUCAAACAGUCUACUAUGGUAAAAAAAAUUGGUUAUGUGUAUGAGAAGCAAGUAGUAAAUUACAGAAACAUCUUUAAGGGAAACAGUGCAGUUU